CAUUAAUCAUCAUCUCCUUAGCCUCGCUCCAUUUCUGUCUCUCUAUUAUAAAGUAUAAACACAGAAAUGAUUCCAAUGUCUAUUCAAGCAGGCAUGAGCGCUACAAUCAAUCCCUUACCGGUACCUACACGAAACGUCCUCCGCUACACACCCUUGAAGACCCCAAUCUGUCUCAGACCAAAACCGUCUUCUUUAUAUUGGCACUCCCUUGCUCUGCGUGAACUGAUACCUAGUCGAAAAGGGGAAAACAAUUUGAGGGUGUCAGCUUCGGUAGCUGCAAUUGACGAAGAAGAAGGAGGAACGUCGCCAGCUGAUGAUUCCACUAUCCCUACCACACCAUCCAAAGAGAAGCUUGGAGUGGUUGUAAAGCCAAUGGAGAAACCACGGCUUGUAUCAAAAUUUAUUUGGAUGGAGAAGAACAUUGGCAUUGGCCUUGACCAGAGUAUACCUGGGCAUGGAACAAUCCCACUCAGCCCUUACUACUUUUGGCCGAGGAAAGAUGCUUGGGAAGAGCUCAAGGUGUUGCUUGAAAGCAAGCCCUGGAUAUCCCAGAAGCAGAUGAUUCUCCUUCUGAAUCAGGCUACCGAUAUCAUUAAUUUGUGGCAGGCGAGUGGUGGCAAUUUGUCUCCCAACGUGGUGGUCGCCUUGUGCUCACUGGCAAAUGGUUUUUGUCUGUGUCUGAUGCGGUGAUUUUAAGUGCUCUACAAAAUCUGGAUGACGUGCUUCCAUACUCUUUUGCCAUGGCAUCAGCACGAGUGUUUAGUGGAAUCCACUUUUGAGGAAUCAAAUGGAUGGUGCUUUGUCCAUGGAAUGAUUUCAUGUCCCUUACAAGCACUGUCGUCAGUUCCAUCAGAAACUACUGAGUAAACCUUUGGUUCAUUCUAGUGCUGUGGCGCUGGCGACUGUCUUCUCUUGAAGAUGAUGUCCCCUUCUGAAUCUGAACUUGAAUCGAUUAUUGUCCUUGCUAUGCCUGCUAUGCUGUUGCCAUCUUCCAGAUGAGUUGGCUGCAGAAUUCAGUUGUUUCUUCACCUUCUGAUUCUGAGCUCAAGUUCUCAUUUCUCAAUAGGAUGAAUAUUUUCAAUUCCUAACUUGUUUCUUAAGUUCUUGAUAACUUCUAGAGUUUUAUAAUCGUUGAUUUGGUGUUUAGGUGUCUGCAACCUAUCAUCAAAAACAUUCUUGUUUCCUUGGCGAUGAUUUGGACUGCCAUGAUUAUCUGAGUCAUUUCGUGAGAAUCUUGACUGAUAGUUCAACAGCAGCUCGUGCUGCGGAUUCGAAAGCCUCUUCUGCUGCUGUAGCUACAUAUCUGUAGUCCUUCUAUGGUCUAAUUGAUUUAGAGAGCUUUUAACUCCUCUGAGAUACAGUAGCUUCUUAUUCAGGUUGAUACGCAAAAUCUUUGCUGAACUGUGAUGAGAAAAUGCCAGGAAUUUCUUGCUGCUUCGGGAAUUCGCCACAUCUUGAAGAUGGAAAGAUUAAGCUUGACAUCGUCUCCUUCAGCUCCUCCGGGAAUUCCCUACAUAAACAUGAGCACGACCCACGUAGGUUUGAUAUGAGUUUAGACCGAGAAGAGUAAUGUUUAGAGAUUUCUAUAUUGUUGAAAAUAUGAAGUGUAAGAUACGGGUUUGCACAAAUUUCUGGAUAUGUAUUACUCUUGGGUAAGGGCAAGCUCACUGAACGAAGUUUUGACGCUUUUCUGAUGAGAAUAUGCUAACAAAUAUACAGCCAAAGCCGAUUUUCGGAGUCCCAAAACAGAUACCAAUUGAGGUGGAGGGUUUCUUCAAACAACAAGGAGUUGGGUCAACAAUUCAAUCAAACAAGUAAUUGCAGAAUAUGCCCGCUCUUUGCACGUCUUUUUACGAAUUGGAAGAAAGAAACUUGUUAAAGAGGCAACAAGGAAGGGGGUGCAAACAUUACGAAGGGGAAGGUUUUUUUUUGUUUGUUUUUGAAAAGGUCUGUAGACCUGAAUAUAUUCAAUAAUCCAGCCAAUCUGGGAUCUGAACUGAAGGCCAAAAAAGGGCACUCGCGCCACCACUAGGUGGAUUACAAUAGGAAAGCUACCAAACAAAGGAACACAAAUACUUUAAUUAAAA